UAGAUGGCGGCACGCUCGGCUGCCGGGCGGCCGCCAUCUUGGGUGUGACAGGAAAGGCGAAGGGCGACAUACGACCGGUUCCGGGGGAGCCGGCAAGUGCUUUUGGAGCGUCGGGUCUCGAAGGGCCGGUUCAGAGGCUUCGGACUGUGGUUCUCCAGUGCAGAGUAACUGAGAGAAACUCGCCAAGACUAUCACUCCAACUGUAUGCUUGGCAAAGAACUGGUAGGAUGGGAAAUAGUGCAUUAAAGGCUCACCUGGAGACAGCACAGAAAACUGGUGUGUUUCAGCUAACAGGAAAGGGACUUACAGAGUUUCCUGAAGACCUGCAGAAGCUAGCAAGCAACUUAAGGACCAUAGACUUGUCAAACAACAAAAUAGAGUUCUUGCCACCACUCAUUGGAAAAUUUUCCUUUUUGAAGAGCCUUGUUCUAAACAACAACAAACUGACUGCUUUACCGGAGGAGCUGUGUAAACUGAAAAAACUGGAAACACUACACUUGAAUGGCAAUCACCUGAGGCAGCUACCGGCUGCAUUUGGACAACUUUCAGCUCUCAGAACCCUGAGCCUUUCUGGAAACCAGCUUCGGACUGUGCCUACGCAACUCUGUGGUCUUCGCCACUUGGAUGUCGUAGAUCUUUCCAAAAACCAGAUCCAAAAUGUACCUGACACUGUGGGAGAAUUGCAGGCUAUUGAGCUCAAUUUGAACCAGAAUCAGAUUUCCCAGAUCUCAGUGCAGAUCUCCCACUGUCCACGCCUCAAGGUCUUGCGUUUAGAAGAAAACUGUCUAGAACUCAGCAUGCUUCCUCAAAGCAUCCUCAGCGAUUCCCAGAUCUCACUGCUGGCAGUAGAAGGUAACCUCUUUGAAAUCAAGAAACUCAGAGAACUGGAAGGUUACGACAAGUACAUGGAACGAUUUACAGCUACAAAGAAGAAGUUUGCGUGAUCAUUAUUCUGACUCCAUGUAUUCCCAGUAAGAAGAGUUAGUGACUGAAGCACCUGACUCACUGACUUAAACCAAGACCAAUGAAGGAGAUGAUCAGAGUACUCCUCCUCUAGUAGUCUGAAAAGGUCUGUUAAGGCCACACUGAAUAAACUUGAACUAGAGAGCAUGGGUAGCAGACUGCUGAACCUGCCCGGGGCCAGUUUUGAUUUUUGUGCCACUGUAGCUUUUAACACACGUUCUACUUUGUCAGGGCUUGCUCUUUAACACAGAAAUGGAACGAGCAUUUUGAAGUUUCCAGUUCCCUUUUGUCAGAAAGCUGGCUGUUGAUUUCUAAACGGAUUAUUUCUCCUGGAAACGUUUUUCCGUGAUACACAUGGAAAUUCUACCACCAAAGCAGAUCUGAAACAUUAGAUGUCUUGCAGUAAGCACUAUUCUACAGAGAACUUUUACGGAUGAGGGUUUAGUUUAUAACAUGUGUAAGUCUUUUAUAAAGCACAAAUAGUUGUGGCUAACUUAAGUGUUUUAUUUACUAGAAGCAGUUAACAAAUCAUGGUUAAAGCAUCCUUACUUCAUAUUUUACUGUAUAGGUUUUCUUUUCCCAUAAGCAAGAAUUGCACUACAGUCCACUUCUGCUUGAGCUGUAUCAGAUGAAAAUUAGGUUCACCUUCAGUAUAUUCAGUAAAAAUGUGUAUUGCUGGAAAAUGUAAUAUCCUUGCAUUGACUCCUUGUGUACAGAGCAAUGCUGGAAGUUUUAGUGUCAGCCUACUGCUGCUGCCUUAUUGCCAAAAGCACAUAGAAAGAGCUAAAAAUGUAUGCAAUUAUGUAACUUAUACCGAAGAGGAAAAUGUACUUGUUUAUUUUAGUAAAUAAUUUUCAAAAAACCA